AUGUCAGACGGAGAGAACGCAGCAACUACACCAAAACCAUUAUCAAUAACGUCUCUAAAGCAACAAAGAGCAUCGUGCAAGGGAAGCUUAACACGAAUCAAUAAUCAAAUUGAUUCAACAAAACAAUUCUCUUACAUUGAACUGGAGUGUAGAUUGGGAUUGGUAGAGUCGUACUAUAAGCAAUCUACUUACUAUCAAUCUCAAAUUGAGAAUUUAGAUCCCGCUGAUGGUGGACGCAAUGAUUUAGAUGAGUUGUAUAUCACGGUUAAAACUAAAAUAAAGUCUCUUAUGGAAGAACGUCGACCAAGAGAUGUUGUUAAUAACGAACACAGCUUCGUAAUGUCACCAACAAUUAAUAACAGUCGUUUACCAGCUUUGAAAUUGCCACAUUUUGAUGGAAAUUAUAUGGAUUAUAAAAACUUCAUACACUCAUUUAAUAACUUAGUUAAUAAUGAUGCUACUAUAUCCAAGAUCGAAAAAUUCAACCAUUUGUUGACAUGUUUAAGUGGAGAGGCGCUAUCAACCGUAAAGGCCUUUCAAGUGUCGGAAGAAAACUACGAGCUAGUUAUUGCACGUUUAAAUGAUCGCUAUGAUAAUGACACGCUCAUAUUUUUAGAAAAUAUAUCUGCACUCUUUAAGGUUCCUGUGGCUUGUAAAUCGGAUUCCAAACAGCUCAGAAAUAUUGUAGAUACAAUGUCAGCGCUCUAUAGUUCACUCAAAACAUUGAGUUCUACGACACAAAUCAUGGACGCAAUCAUGAUCCAUCUGUUAAUGAACAAAGUGGAUCCCGGUACGAAGCAACGUUGGGAGGAUCAGCUGUCUUACGAAACGUUGCCUACAUGGGAGGGCUGUUGUAAAAUGUUAGAAAGAAGAUGUCAACAAUUGGAAGCACAAGGCAAAAACAAUAACCUUCAAGUAUCAAACCAAUUAGCAAAUAAACCAGUCAUUAAGGGAUCAAAACAAUAUACAAUGCUAACAAGUAUAAAUAAAUUUCAGAAAUCCGAAUUGGUAUGCGUAUUUUGUUUGAAGAAAAAUCACUCAAUUACUACGUGUCAGCGUUUUAUUAUUUUAUCCACUAAAUAUAAGAAAGAAAAGGUACGUCAAUUGCAAUUAUGUUAUAACUGUCUUAAUAAGGGACAUAGUGUAGCGGAAUGCCCAUCAAGAUACUCGUGUCGGUUUUGUAAGCAGCGACAUCAUUCCUUGAUUCACCAAACUGUUGAGUCACCAGUACAAGUUCCUUUUCUACAUUCAGCGGAUAAUAGUGAAAAUCAAAUUAGUACAUUCUCAGCCACAUCACAUGCCACUUCAGUAAGAAGCGACUCAAUUCAAAAGAAAAGUACAGUCAUUUUAGCCACAGCUAUUAUUCUUGUGCAAGAUGCUGGUGGUUGCUACCAUAUGUGUAGAGCACUACUGGAUUCCUGUUCUCAGGUGAAUCUACUCACACAUUCAUUUGCACAGAUAUUAAAUUUAAGAAAAUCAAAAUCCUCAAUUGAUUUAUCUGGUGUUGAUGACGCUUGCAUAAAAUUAAACUUCCAAACUCAAACUACUAUACGAUCCAGAGUAAGCAAUUUUGAAAAAUCGGUUGAAUUCCUGUUAGCAAACAACAUCACUGGCUAUCAACCUGACGAAUCUAUCUCCUUAAAGAAUAUGCCGAUGCCGAAAGCCAUCGAAUGUCAUCUUCAGAUUACCGAAGAUUUUGCACAACAUUCCAAACACUAA